CCGCCCCUUUACACGUCACUUUCUCAUUUCUCCAGUCUGUUCUGUCAGCAGAGCGUUUUAUGCUGAGUUACACUUGAGCAGAAAAAAGGAGCAAAGAUGACCGACCGGAUCAUGCAAGCGGGUCGGUGCCCAACAGACGAACUCUCGUUGACUAACUGUGCCGUCAUCAACGAGAAGGAGCCCCAGUUUGAGCAACAUGUGACUGUGCGCAAUUUAGCCCACAUGUAUGUGUUCACCUUGAGGACGCAUCCCAGCGUUAACUCCGGGACCAUUGCCUUCAGUCUGCCACAGAGAAAAUGGGCCGGCCUAUCGAUUGGACAAGAGGUUAAAGUGAGCAACUACAACUUUGACAAGUCCAAACAGUGUAUCAGCAGCAUGACGGUGGAGAUCGACUUCCUGCAGAAGAAGAAUGUGGACAGCAACCCGUACGACUCCGACAGCAUGGCCACCGAGUUCCUCCAGCACUUCAACAACCAGGCCUUCAGCGUCGGACAGCAGUUUGUGUUUAGUUUCUGUGAUAAGCUGUUUGGUUUGGUGAUAAAAGACAUGGAGGCCAUGGACCCGAGCAUCCUGAAAGGAGAACAAGCCUCUGGCAAGAAACCGAAGAUUCAGAUCGGUUUGUUGCUGGGAAACAGUCAGGUGAUUUUUGAGAAGGCCGAGAGCUCGUCCUUGACCCUGAUUGGGAAAGCCAAAACCAGAGAGUCUCGGCAGUCCAUCAUCAGCCCAGACUGGAACUUUGAGAGGAUGGGUAUCGGCGGCCUUGACAAGGAGUUUUCUGACAUCUUCCGCAGAGCCUUCGCCUCACGAGUCUUCCCUCCAGACAUCGUGGAACAGAUGGGCUGUAAGCACGUGAAGGGGAUCCUGCUGUUCGGACCCCCCGGCUGCGGUAAAACCCUGAUGGCGCGACAGAUCGGCAAGAUGCUGAAGGCCCGCGAGCCCAAGAUCGUCAACGGCCCCGAGAUUCUCAACAAGUACGUGGGAGAGUCCGAGGCCAACAUCAGGAAGCUGUUUGCAGACGCAGAGGACGAACAGAAGAGGCUCGGUGCGAACAGCGGCCUUCACAUCAUCAUAUUCGACGAGAUCGACGCCAUCUGCAAACAGCGCGGCAGCAUGGCCGGCAGCACGGGAGUCCACGACACCGUGGUCAACCAGCUGCUGUCCAAGAUCGACGGAGUGGAGCAGCUCAACAACAUCCUGGUCAUAGGUAUGACCAACAGGCCUGACCUGAUAGACGAUGCCUUGCUGAGGCCAGGAAGACUGGAGGUGAAGAUGGAGAUUGGGUUACCGGACGAAAGAGGCCGCGUCCAGAUUCUCCACAUCCACACGGCAAAGAUGCGUCAGUACGAGCUGCUGACGUCCGACGUCGACAUUAAGGAGCUGGCGGCGGAGACGAAGAACUACAGCGGAGCCGAGCUGGAGGGCCUGGUCAGGGCGGCGCAGUCCACUGCCAUGAACAGACAUAUCAAGGCCACUAACGUGGUGGAGGUAAACAUCGAGACUGCAGAGAAGCUGCAGGUCAGCAGACUUGACUUCUUGACCUCCCUGAACAACGACAUCAAACCUGCCUUUGGCACCAACCAGGAGGACUACGCCAGCUACAUCAUGAACGGGAUAAUGCGGUGGGGCGACCCGGUGUCGGCGGUCCUGGAGGACGGGGAGCUGCUGGUGCAGCAGACGAAGAACAGCGAACGCACGCCGCUGGUGUCUGUGCUGCUGGAAGGUCCACCUAACAGUGGGAAAACAGCGCUGGCCGCUAAGAUCUCUGAAGACUCCCAGUUCCCCUUCAUCAAGAUCUGCUCCCCCGACAAGAUGAUCGGACACUCGGAGAUCGCCAAAUGCCAAGCCAUCAAAAAGAUAUUUGAAGAUGCCUACAAAUCCCAGCUGAGCUGUGUGGUUGUGGAUGACAUCGAACGUUUGUUAGACUACGUCCCCAUAGGCCCUCGUUUCUCCAACCUGGUGUUACAAGCUUUGCUGGUGCUGCUGAAGAAACCUCCUCCAAAGGGUCGUAAGCUGCUGAUCAUUGGCACCACAAGUCGUAAAGACGUCCUCCAGGAAAUGGAGAUGUUGGACGCGUUCAGCACCACCAUCCACAUUCCCAACAUCUCGAGAGGAGAGCAGCUGGUCGAGGCCCUGGAGCUGUUGGGCAGUUUUCAGGAAGUGGAGCGGGCCAGCAUAGCUAAAGCUGUGAAGGGCCAAAAUCUGUGGAUUGGCAUAAAGAAGUUGCUCAUGCUGAUUGAAAUGGCCGUGCAGAUGGAUCAUGGAUACAGAGUUAGCAAGUUCCUGAGUCUACUGAAGGAUGAAGGAGCACUGGGUUCUGAUAAGUUUAUCUAGACUCAGUGGAGCCACAUAGUGAAAAAGAGGCAUCCUUCAACGCUGCGGAGGAACGGAAGCCUGAAAGAGGCUGAAAGGAGGAGGCGAGCGAGAGACGAGUUUCCAUCCUCCCCCCCCUCUCUAUCUCUCUCUAUCUCUCUCUCUCUGCAUCUUUUCCCUCCCAUCCCUGAAGCUCUGUCUACGCUUCUCUCUGCACUGCAGCGUCUCUGCAGCAGCCACCAACCGGGCGAAACCUCCUCCUCUUCAGCACCAUGUGAACAUGUAACAUAACACACACACACACACGAGCAGUGUUUGUGCUAUCUGUGUAUAUUGCAUUCUGCAGAAGGAUAAUGCUGUAACCUCCAUGUGAUGCCCACAGCACUUCUUUGGGAUUUUAUAGAUAUAUAUAUUAAAAAAAAAAAAAAAAAAAAAAAGAGUCCAGGAAAAAGAUUUUGAAACAUUUCUAUGGAAAGUAAAUGUGCAUUCACAAACACUAAUCACAACACAGAUUUGUAAUUUGAUCAUUCCAGGAACUCUUAAAGAUCUCCCUUUGUUCUUAUCACCUUCUGUACUUGCUCUUGUUUGACCUUUUUUUUUAUUUUAUGAAUAAAUUAAAUCUAUUACUACUACUUAC